CGCGCUCUUCCAUCACUUUUUCUCUGUCUCUCUCCCCAGCCCAUAUCUUCUUCUCUGCUCAUCUUCAUCCUCCCCCUGCGCUCUGCCCUCCCUGCCCCCUCUCUCUCUCUCUCUCUCUCUCUCUCUCUUCUCGCCAUUUUCGGAACCAGCGUGCGUAGCUUCGAGCCACUGCUGAGCUUCCACGUGACUUCUGGGGGUAGGGUCGCAGUUGGUGACUUCUUCUUCGCGAUCUGGACUCGCUGGCGACGGGCAUUGGUCGGCGUGCGCUUCCUCGACUAGUUUUUUCCGCGCUGGAAGUUUCGCUCUGAUUGGCGAGGAGACCGAGGACCGAAGAGGAGAUGAAUAUCAUAUUGCUUCCGUGUUGACUAAGCGGCAGAGCUUGCUUGCUUCCCCAUGACAAGCGUUUCGAUAUUCACGGAUCGUGCAGGAGGAGGAUCUUGUCCAUGCACUGUUCUCGUACUCGGUGCAGGAUAUAUUUUUAUAAUAUAGUUCCGGCUCGACCACCGGUGGGGGGUUCGAUUCGGCUUGUCCGAGGCGGACAGAAAAGCUUUUCUUAGUUCGCUUGGAAACCGAAUGCUGAUCGAUAUUGCUGCCCUUUGACGUUUUCUGUCACUUGGGGCGUCGCGCUCGGCUUGGGUUUCUAUCCGAAGAGAGCGACUCUUUUUUAGCCGUUCUUGUUUGGGUUUGGCGAUCCGAGGCAAGAAAGAAACUGCGGGUGUUUUUUUGUAGUCAGUGGAGUCUAAUUCGGGCAAUGUCUUGACGCCUUCCGCAGCUGCUCUGUCAUCUCCCUGCAGAGGAAGGAGAAGGUGAAGUUUCAGUGCAGUUUGAACCGAAGUCCGAGUACUUGGGUUCCUCGCAUUUCUUGGUUUGAGCUUGUCGAGGAAUUCCUUGGCCAUUUUCUUUAGUAUUACCCGAAUGAUGCUUGAAGAUAUCGAUUUGCGGGGACAAUGAGGAGCUGCGGAUGGAGAAGCUUCGACGAGCGUAUUUCCGAUUUAGAAAUGCUUGAGAGAAACUUUGAUUCUGCCAUGGUUUCGUAGUUCUUGGUACUCAUAAACUUCUGGGACGGCGGGUGUUUGAGUUCUUUAGCAAUGAGUCAACAGAAUAAGCAAGGCAAGCCGGAAAAGGAGACGACUGAUGUGGGGGAAAGCGUGGUUGUUGCUGUCAAGGCAUCUAGAGAAAUUCCUAGGACUGCUCUCGUGUGGGCACUGACCCAUGUCGUUCGACCUGGGAACUGCAUACUGUUGUUGGUUGUGGUUCCUCAGCCAAAUUCAGGUAGAAGAUUGUGGGGUUUCCCAAGAUUUGCUGGGGAUUGUGCUAGCGGUAGUUCAAAGUAUUACACAGGAUCUAGUGCAGAGCAGAAAAGUGAUAUCACAGACUCCUGUUCCCAGAUGAUCCUUCAGCUCCAUAAUAUCUACGAUCCGAAUAAGAUAAAUGUCAAGAUAAAGAUUGUCUCUGGAUCUCCUUGUGGGACUGUGGCUGCUGAGGCCAAGAAAGCUCGAGCUAGUUGGGUGGUAUUAGACAAACAGCUGAAGCAUGAGGAAAAACAAUGCCUGGAGGAGCUACAGUGCAAUAUUGUGGUUAUGAAGCGGUUGCAACCCAAGGUCCUCCGCUUGAAUCUUGUGGGAUCACUGAAAAAGGAAUCUGAUCAUGCCGGUACGAUGACUUCUGAGAUGGAUCAAGCAUUGGAUAAGCAUCACAGUUGUAAAAGCAAUGCUUCAAAUUCUAUCCGAGGGCCAGCAGUGACUCCAAGUAGUAGUCCGGAAUCAGGGACGGUCUUCACAAAUAAUACUGAAGUGGGGACAUCAUCAGUGUCCAGCUCUGAUCCUGGAACAACUUCCCCAUUUUUCACCUCAGAAAUGACUAGAGAAAUAAGAAAACAAGAAUUAAUGUCCAUAGAAGAAUCAAAGAAUCUUGAUCAAUGUACUUCAGACUCAGAAAGCGAAACUCAGUCACUAUCUUCAACGAGCUUGAGGUUUGAUUCGUGGAUGGCAGAAGUUCUUAGUUCUCACUGUCAACCCUCGAGAUGCUCUCAAGAAGACUCUGUAGGAGUAAGAACAAAUAAUAAGGCCCAUAUGCCAGUAUUGAAGACAUCGCCAAAUGAGUUUUCAAAACAGGAUGGAAAAAUUGAUAUGAGUGCGCCAAACCAUAGGAAUGAUUUGGAAUACAAUGGAAAUGUGAGAGAAGCAACUUCAGUAUCCAGACAUGCGCUUCCUGGUCCCCCUCCAUUGUGUUCCAUAUGCCAGCACAAGGCCCCCGUUUUUGGUAAACCUCCAAAAUGGUUUAGCUAUGCUGAGCUCGAGCUUGCUACUGGAGGAUUUUCAAAGGCUAAUUUCUUGGCAGAGGGAGGUUUUGGAUCUGUGCAUAGAGGGGUACUUCCAGAUGGCCAGGUGGUUGCCGUCAAGCAACACAAAUUGGCUAGUUCUCAGGGGGAUCAAGAGUUCUGUUCAGAAGUUGAGGUCCUGAGCUGCGCUCAACACCGAAAUGUUGUUAUGCUGAUUGGAUUUUGUAUAGAGGACCAUAGAAGGCUAUUGGUUUAUGAGUACAUAUGCAAUGGUUCAUUGGAUUCGCACCUUUAUGGCUGUCAUCAAGAGCCAUUAGAAUGGUCAUCACGGCAAAAGAUCGCCAUUGGAGCUGCUCGAGGACUACGGUAUCUUCAUGAAGAAUGUAGAGUGGGUUGCAUUAUCCACCGUGAUAUGCGGCCGAACAACAUCCUUUUGACUCAUGAUUUCGAACCUUUGGUCGGUGAUUUUGGACUGGCAAGGUGGCAACCUGAUGGAGAUAUCGGCGUAGAAACACGAGUACUUGGAACUUUUGGGUAUUUGGCUCCAGAGUAUGCGCAAACAGGCCAUAUCACAGAAAAAGCUGAUGUGUAUUCAUUUGGGGUGGUCUUGAUCGAGCUGGUGACGGGAAGAAAAGCAGUAGAUCUUAACAGGCCCAAGGGCCAGCAGUGUUUAGCAGAGUGGGCACGCCCUUUGUUGGAAGAGUAUGCAAUUCAUGAAUUGAUUGACCCUCGCUUAGGAGAUCAAUUUUCAGAGCAAGAGGUUUAUUGCAUGCUCCAUGCCGCAUCACUAUGUAUUCGACGGGAUCCCGAGUCAAGACCUCGCAUGUCACAGGUGCUUCGAAUCCUGGAAGGGGACAUGCACAUAGACGGCGAUUACAUGUCGAUUGCGGGGAUCGAUGUUGGAAGCCAUAGCGGAAGAAUCCGGGACGAGCAGCAAUACCACAGCGGUCCUUUGUUGGAUGAAACCGGGCAAGCCUUCUCUAGAAAACUCUCUCUUCACGCACUGAACACUUCUUUGCGGGAGAGAGAUAGGGCAAGGAGGAGAUCAUAUGGGGAUGGUCUAUGAAAUAGCAGAAGAGCUCAUGUCAUCACAUAAUUAUAUCACACGAAUCCCUUUCGGUAAUUCUUUGCCAUCUCUUUUGUCCCUUGACUUUAAGAUUUUUCUCUUAUGUACAGUGAAAGAGCAGUUCAUAUCAGUGUAGUUAAGUAUCGUUAUUCCUCGAACAUUUGAGUAGAAUAUUUGAUUAUAUAGCAAUAUUGAGACGCCGAGGCAACUUUCUAUAU